CCCGUAAAGAUAAUAACCAUCUAGCAAGAAAACAACUGGAAUAUUAUCUCAAUUUCAUUGCCUAACAACUUAUCAACACAAAUAGUUACUCGUAGACUUAAUAUUUAAUUGUGAUAUUAUUACAUAGAAUAUUGAGUGUUUUCAGUGAGUUCUCGGUGACUAUACUAAUAACCUACUCAAGAAAAACUUGGUAAUUAUGGAUGAAAGGUACCAGCUCUGGGGUGGUUGCUUUGAAGAAGAGGCUUCAGCAGUGUUGCGACGUUUAAAUGAUUCUCUGGGUGUGGACGUAAGGCUAUUUCGCGAGGAUAUCAGAGGCAGUAAGGCGUGGGCAACGGAGUUACAUCGAAGCGGCCAUCUGUCCGAAGACGAUAAUAAAUCAAUUCAAGAUGGUCUCAUCAAAGUAGAACAGGAAAUAGAACAAGAGUUGUCCAUUAGCGGGCGUUUAAGUGACCCAGAAGAGGAUAUUCAUUCAGUAGUUGAGAGAAGACUGCACCGGCACGCAGGGGAGUCAGCGCUACGUCUGCACACUGCGCGUAGUCGCAACGACCAGUCUGCCACCGACACCAAGCUCUGGAUGAUGACUUCGCUUCGAAGAGCACAGACUGAAGUUAUAAAUCUUAUAACUGUUCUGUUGGAACGAGCUCAAGUAGAUAUAAAUUUCAUAGCACCGGGGUAUACACACUUGCAACGUGCUCAACCAAUUCGAUGGAGUCACUUUUUAAUGAGUUAUGCUUGGAUGUUUCGUGAUGACGUAUGCAGAUUAGAGGAACAAAUUGGGAGACUUUCGUCGUGCCCACUCGGCAGUGGUGCAAUUGCCGGUUGCGCUUUGCCUAUUGAUCGGCAAAAAUUAGCUGAAAGUCUAGGAUUUAAACAAGUUACACCGAACUCGAUGUAUGCUGUUGGAUCGCGAGAUCAUAUUGUUGAAUUCCUGAAUUGGUCUUCCUUAUGUGGCUUACAUCUCAGUAGAUUGGCUGAAGAUUUGAUUAUCUACAGCUCACAGGAGUUUGGCAUCGUCCAGCAUUCGGAUCGGUUCUCUACUGGUUCAAGUCUCAUGCCUCAGAAACGAAAUCCAGAUGGAUUGGAGCUAGUGCGUGGUGCAGCUGGCCUCCUUCUCGGAGAUUCGUUCUCUUUCUCUUGCAUUUUAAAAGGCCUACCGAGUACUUACAAUAAGGACUUGCAGUCUGAUAAAGAAAUCCUCUUUAGAUCGUAUGACAGAUUGCUGGAUUGUUUAAAAGUAACGGCUGGAAGCGUCGCUACUAUGAAGGUAAAUGCUAGAAAGGCAGAAAGUCUAUUGGAACCUGGUAUGUUGGCGACAGACCUGGCGCAUUGGCUGGUAAAAAGAGGAGUGCCGUUUCGCCGUGCUCAUCAUCUUGUCGGCACCGCCCUACGCCGCGCCGCCGCGCUCGGUGUGGACCUACAAAACUUGCCGCACCAAGAGUAUUCCGAAAUAUGUCUCAAAUUUGGUUCACAUGAGGAGCUGCAAAAGAUUUUCUCCUGGGAAGCAAGUGUUGAACAAUAUACGAGCGAAGGUGGCACAGCGAAAGAAGCUGUGCUAGCACAAAUGCAGAAACUCCAGCAAUGGCUGCAAAAUCAUAAGAAUGUGGAAGCAUGAAUGUACUCAUUAAAUUUUAUUACUGUUUAUAGUAUAGUUACUCACAGAAUUAAGAAUACAGAAACCGUGUACACGACUAAUAUUAAGUACUAGGCAUCCAAAACUGGAGGUUGGUCACUUCAUUCAUUUAGUAAUUUACACUCAUUAUUGUACCUCUAAUGUUCAUUUCAUGAUGUUCAUUUACACACAACAUUUUAGGUUUUCCAAUAAAAGGGACGGUAAUUACAACAAUUGAAGGAGCAAUUACAGUCUGAAAGUAA